CUCUCUGCUUUAACCACAGGAGGGAGAAGUUUAAGGGCAAGGGGGUGCCUCGGAUUUACAGAAGACUACCCCCUCCCCCACCCUGUCACCUGCUCACCGUUUCGCUUUCCAUGUAAUGAGAAAAAUGCGCGUGGAGAGAGGAGUGCUACGGGCAAGUUUGCUCAAUCUGCCCCGUGCUUUGCUCCAGUCGGCACGUGUGUGAAGUUUUUGCGAGGGUUACACUUCUAAUCGGACUUCUUGACGGAACUACAGAACUAGUUUUGCUUGGAGAAGUGACACGCACCGCAGAGGUACAAAGAAGACACGUGAUAAGAUUAGACUGGGUGUCGAAUAAUUUUUCUGCAGGAAAUUCUUCUAAUUUAUUUUAUUUAGACGAUGAUAUAAAUUCUUGAAGGCAUUGAUGUGUUAUAUUUAGUAUUGUAUAGAACGAGAAAGGUAUAUCUACAAAGUUUUCAUAACUAUAUACGUGACUUUAUAUCAAAUUAAUCUCCAAAAAAAAAGAGGUAUUUCCAAAUCAAAAACCGAGUUUUCUAUCACCAUAGAUUUCCCGUGAUAACAUUUAGUGCAAGCUUUGGCUUUCUCUUUUCUUAAAGAACGAAUUAAAGAAAGCAUUUUUCUGUUUGUCGACAAAACUUUAAUUUAAACCCCAGUUUAAACACUCUCUAAUUCUCAAACUUCGCGGUGUGCUGUCAUAAGUGUAAACCUAUCUCUGGAUCCUUUUUUGCAGUCAAGUCUGAAGACGAGACUUUAGUAUUUCAUGAAGUAGGAUGUUUAAUUCCUCAUAAAUCAUAUAUUUUCCUCUCUCGCGAGUUAUUACUGAACAUCUAUAAACAUAGUUUUUCACUUGUGCAAGAGAAUGAGCACAUUACUCGGAAGGAAAAGUUACGGAUUCUGAUACUGAACUAAAUCUCUACGAUUAGAAUAUUGUAAUCAAGUUCAUGAAGCUGUAUAUAGCUUGAAAGAAGAGAUUGAUGUAAAUAGACUUAAUCAUGCUGGGUCUGAGUCGAUCUCCGGGAAUGGGUCAUGUGUCAUCUGAGACAGAUAGGGAGGAUUCGCCGCCACCUGCUCCUGACGUUACAGCGGAUCCUCGAGCUCCAAAAUCUCAGCCAACCCCAAGUUCUACCACCAACGAUCGGACAACUCUUUUCAAUGGUCCACCACUCUCUGGUUUCCGUAACAACGAGGUACGCAGUGUUAUGCUUUACGGAGUGCCUAUAGUGGCAUUAGUCAUUGAUGGCUACGAGAGACUUUGCCUCGCUCAGAUAUCUAAUACACUUCUCAAGAGCUUCAGCUACAACGAAAUCCAUAAUAGGAGGGUUGCUCUUGGUAUUACGUGUGUUCAGUGCACGCCUGUACAACUAGAGCUCUUGCGCAGAGCUGGUGCCAUGCCUGUAUCUUCGAGGAGAUGUGGCCUGAUAACCAAACGGGAAGCAGAAAGACUUUGCAAGAGUUUUCUCGCAGAUACUAGGCCUCCUAAAUUACCUGACAACUUCGCUUUCGACGUCAUACAUCAGUGCGCCUGGGGUUGCAGGGGAUCCUUUGUCCCAUCACGCUAUAACAGCUCAAGGGCAAAGUGUAUCAAGUGCACAUUUUGCGGCUUGUUUUUUUCACCCAAUAAAUUCAUUUUCCAUUCUCACCGCUUGCCGGACUCGAAAUAUGUUCAACCGGACGCUGCAAACUUCAAUUCCUGGAGGAGGCACAUCAAGCUGGGAGGCUCUCCACCAGAUGAAGUUGUGUAUGCGUGGGAAGACGUGAAGGCUAUGUUCAAUGGUGGGUCCAGAAAGAGGAUCAUCAGUUGCACAAGUGUUUCGAGAAGUGGAGGAAAUGGAGACGGAAGCAAGCGACCACGUAAUCCUAGCAGGCCUGAUUCUGUUCCUAGUAGUACCGAAGCCGUGGUUCACAGCAAGCCUCCUUAUUUUCCUGUAGUUCCUCUGCCUAAUAAGGGUUUCGCUCUUGCACCUGCAGCUGCCCCUUUCGUGCCACCUACAGGGCCCGGACCUUUUGGGUUGGCAACUGCGAAACCCCUUUCUCCAGCGGACAUCCGGCAGACUUUUGCAGAAUACAUGUGGGCCGGAAAGCAGCCUUUUCCUCUACCUUAUGGAGGAGUUCUAUGGCCGCGUCCUGGAGGUAUAGUUCCUGCUGCCCCUGCGGUGGAGUUAAGGGAGACUCGAAAUGUUCCAGAGACAACGCUGCCCUACAGUAUAGCGGACACCACGACGUUGGCAGAUUCUGGUCGACCUUUGUCCUCCGCCAGUGAAGGCACUUCGCUUUCCUUUCCCGAUCACGACAGUCCCGGUAGCCCUCUUAGAACAACUCCCGCUCACACUUCAGCAUUUCGGCCGGUGGGACGCAGGUCGCCCCCCAGGAUCGACCCAGAUGCUGACACCACCACAGCCUACGGCGGCAGCGAGCAGCGUCGUUGCGGCAGCUGCUGCGGAACUUCGUCCGGCGACGAGCACGACGAGGUGGACGUGACGGACAUCAGCAACGACGGUGAGCCCGUCGGCGGCUCGGCCGCCGCCGCUCCCCCGACGCUCAUCGCCGUCGACGAGUUGACGACGGCGGCGGUUCCGGACACCAGUGCCGAGAGCACGGCGGCUCGGAAAGCGGAAAAACUAGAGAUCGUGGAUAGUCCUGACAGCAAAAAUGGUGGAAAGACAAACGAUUCUCCCAUCAUGGAUCCUCAGCGCCUUUCGUCUCUCAGUAAAGGUACGAAUAAAGAUGAACUCAAAGAAGUUUUAUUACAAGAAGCAGAGGCGAGAAGACGUGCCGAGAGAGAGUAUCAAGCUAUCAGAGAUACUUUUGAAGAACAAGUUAGAAAAGAAAUUGCAUAUAGGGAAGAAGUGGCAAAACAGUUGCAGAUCGUCCGAGGUAAAUAUUUUAUUAAGCCCACGACGCCCUACACCACUUCAGCUGCAAGAUGCUGGCUUCGCGGCACUGCACCGAGUGUGGAUACAAGCCGCCUCUUCCCGAAUGAUCCUUCUGCCCAUCUGGUGGCCUUCCCUGCCCUGCCGCCGCCCCCUGGAAAUGACCACCACCACCACCUCACAAAACCACAACUGGACUAUUUGUAGAACUCGACUUCUUUGAUUUGGGAACCAUUCGAGAGCACAACAGAAUUCGCUUCGUCAAGAAUGAUCGGAUCAGUCAUUACCGAAAUCGAUUUGUCUUUUCUCCGGCGAGACAAUUUUCUAAAGAUAGGAAGUAGCUGUAAUUUCUAGAGAUAAAGAACUAGUUAUAAAAAACGUUAGUUGCUCUAAUCCAUUUUCAAUAGGAUCGGAUCGAAAAGAGCAAGCAAGUCUUUCCAUGACAGGUAUUCACGUAACUGAAUUCACAAAGGAAAAAGAAAAAACAUUUUCGUUUCUGCUCUUUAACAUUGUAUAAACAACAAUAUCUAAUUUGGAAAGGAAUAAUUUGUUUACAAUAGCUACAGAAAGCCCACUGAAUCUUUUGAUUUUGUAAUUAACAAACUACCUGUUCAAAUACAUGCAUUACAAUCUUCCUUCUUGCAUCGUGAUUAGCUUAAAUUAUUGUAUCUCAAGUUCUGUUUAUUUCCUGCAUUUUUGAAUUUAUACUUUAUCCUCUCAAUUAAGUAUUGCUGAAAAGCUAAGGCUUCAACAGAAAUACUAGAAUUCUAAUUAAAACGUAUUUCUAGACUAAAAUGAUCAGAUGUCGCGAAUGCGAAUUUCUAAAGUGCACAUUGGUAUGUUAACCAUGGAAGUGGCUUCUAAAAUGCGCCAAUGGGAACGAGUUUUGCAAAUGAGUUGCAAAAUUCGUUCACGCGAUGUUUGCGAACAUGCUUCUUCAACUCCCGAAGUGCAACUAACAAAAGAGAAGUCAGUAAUAAGAUAAGACAAGGCGAAAGAGGUCAAGUUAUUGGCGCCCUCUAUUAAUGAAAAAGGAAAACAACUAUGAAAUAAUGUAACUAAAAGCUGAGGGUAAAGACGGAUUAAAACUGGCAUAGUUAACUAGAACUCAAAGAUUUUUAUGAAUGUGAAAUGUCUCUAGAAAAUCUAAUUAUCAAACGGAAGAUGAUUUUUUUUCACAAUCUUCGCUGCAGACAAAUGGGAAAUGCGAUUUUUCUCUCCAAUUUUAUUCACGGAGGAGAAAACGACCCGAAAGUUCAAUUUCUGUAUUUCUCCCAUAGUAUUCUGUAUUUUUUCACGUGGUGUUUUGGAUUUUUGUCUUCUGUCAAUGAAAUUUGCAGUUCCAUACUUACAGACGCUUUUCCGGAUAUGAUUCAGGAUUCCUUGUCAGUGUUGCUUAUUUUAUAUUCAAACUAAGAGAGCCUUAAAAUUUCGCGCUAAGAAACAUGAGGUACAUGUUAGGAAAAACGAAACACAUAAAUCCCCUGUUGACCAAUACUGUUGGUCAGAAAAUCACGUUUCCUUAUUUCUGCAGCCAAAAUCAUUCUAAAAACGUCCUCCGUUGGCGAAUUAAGUUUUCUAGAGGUGUUUUACAUUCAUAAAAAAAUCAUUCAGUUCUAUUUAAGAAUCCCAACUCCAAUCCGCCUUAACCGUCGACUUGUUAUUUCAUAGUUGCUUAAUUAAUAAAGAAAUUAUUUCAUAGUUGUUUUCAUUUUUCAUCAAUAGAGAGCGUCAGUAGCUUAAAGUCCCUCUCAUUCUUUCGCCUUAUCUUAUCGAGAUCUGUACAGUUCUUGUAACAGAAAAAUAAUUUCAUUCGCCUCUUUAGCACAGACUUUGAUAUAUAUCAGGUUCAAAAUGAUAAGGAAUACGCAUAAAUAAAUUUCGGCAGACACAUUUGAAAUUUCUUAAAUCCAAAAUCUCAGUUUCCUUUCUCAUAAUUGCAAAAUCGACCUAUAACAUGUUUCUAACCAACUUUUAAUUUUAUUUCUUACAAAUGGAAAUUUCUUACACAGGAGUUUCCUGUGAAGAGAGUCGAAUGUAUUGAUUAUUUCGAAGAGAAAAUGCAUUAUGAUUUCCGCAUCCAAUAUUGUUUUAUGCUGUUUAUGUUGUUAGAUGUCCAUCUAACAACAAGGGAGCAUAAAAAUUAAAUAAUUAAUUUUUUUAAAGAAUGGAAUACUCUUUGGACCUUUGAAAUUCCCUCUUAAAAUUAGUAAUUGGCUGCCGGUGACUUCUUACUAAAUAAUAAGAAUUUUGAACAGGCCUUAAAAUAUAAAAACAGUUUAAGAUACUAUUACAACUGCUGGAAAACGUUUUAAAAUAUGAAACGAAAAUAUAAUUUUAACAGUAAGAAAUUCUCUCUUUCCAUGUUUAUUUCAUAAUGCAUAAUGAAUUCUAAUAAAAGUUCUGGAAAAUGAAAUACACAGAUAUUUUCUUUGUAACCAUUUCUGCAUUUUUAAUUACUGUAAAUGUUAUGUAAUAUCAGAUCACUUUCCUUUCUUUACUUUAAAUGAGCAACAUGUAUAAAAUCUCCGAAUAAAUCCAAUUUCUAAAGAACUUGUAAAAAUGUUUACUCUUUAAAAAAUAAUUCUUUGUAAAUAAUAUAGCAUUUUUUUCUUUCUGAAGUAUGUUAUUGUAUUGUUCUUCCUUUCAAAUAACGUUUAUGUAAAAGAUACUAGGCUUUCCUUGUAGAAUACUUUAAUAUCGAAUAUCAAAUUAUGUUUCCAAGCCAUGGUGUAAUCAUUUACUUG